GCCCGCCUGCAUAUUACCUUAUACAAUACUAUUCGGAGUGCAUCUCUUUUUUCACUUUCUUCCCUCUCUCUCCUGCUCGUUGGUCCUGGUAGAAAGUUGUAACUAUAUUGCUCUACUCUUUACUACUGUACCUGCCACCGCUUACUGCUGCACAUACCAACACAAAGAAUACGACAAACAAACAAACUAUCCCCCCAACUUUAUACUUAUGCGGUGCUGAACUGAACGCCUGGUGCACGUUUCAAUUUUUUCUUCUUCCUCUAGUCCCUUCCUCGGCCCUUGACUAGAUCCAUCGCUCGCUUCGAAUCUCUCUCUAGCCUUUCUCUCUCUUCCCGGUCGCUCGUUUUUAAAACUUGUUGCUCGGAGUUUCCUCGGGAUACGGUACCGGUGACUUUCUCUUAUCGGUGGCCCCAUCUUUAAUCUCCUGCCCGAGCUGCUCCUCCGCUAUAUACAUACAAGAUGAAGUUCUCAUCUUCGCCACGACUGCUAGCUUCUUCGCUAUUGUUUGCCAGCCUUGGGUCAUCUAUUGUCGUUGAUCUGAACAGUGAUUGUUGGUCCAUCCCUUUGUACUCCGGGUACCCCCUUUAUCCCCCCUACACGCCCAGACUGACCUCGGCAACGCUACAGCUUCCAUCAAAUCGGCUGCGAAGACUGUUGCCGAAAACCUCCGUGCCCUAUAUCCGUCCAACGAGACGUGGUUCGUACCCGGCGAGUUUGGCCUGAUUCAGACGGCGGAUGGAAAGAAUGACAAGGGAUACUACUGGUGGGAGGCAGGCGCCGCGAUGGGGGUGAGUGCAUUUUCCUUGUGAUGCGAUGCAACCGCGACCGUAACCAACAGCGGGUUGAUCAACAGAACGGGGACUGACGCAAACAAACAAACAAACAAACAGGCUUGGAUUGAGUACUGGCAUUUUACUGGUGACAGUCAAUUCAAUGACAUUGUGACAGAGGCCAUGUUGCACCAGGUUGGUGAAAAUUCAAACUACGAGCCACAGGCACACACCCUUUCACUCGGUAACGACGACCAAGCGUUUUGGGGUAUUGCUGCCAUGACAGCGGCCGAACGUGCAUUCCCUAACCCUCCACAGGACAAGCCCCAGUGGCUUGCCCUCGCUCAGGCCGUUUUCAACCGACAGGCGUCUCGAUGGGAUACUCAGCAUUGCAAUGGCGGUCUGAGAUGGCAGGUUGUGUCAACCAACAAGGGAUACGAUUACAAGAAUGCCAUUUCCAACGGUCUCUUCUUCCACAUGGGCGCUCGACUGGCGAGAUAUACUGGGAAUCAGUCCUAUGCUGAUUGGGCCGAGAAGGCGUAUGAUUGGUCCAAAGAGAUUGGUUUGGUCAGCCCUGAAUAUAAGGUUUUCGAUGGUGCUCAUAUCCCGGAGUGCAACAUUUCCAGUGUUUAUCAGUGGACUUAUAAUGCUGGCGUCUAUCUCUCCGGUGCUGCUUACAUGUAUAACUUUGUAUGCAUCCUCGUCUCUCGCUCUACGGCUCGUUUACUGACCGCCACGACCCUUUUAGACCAAUGGAACCAAUCAGAAAUGGAAAAAUGAAAUUCAGAAGCUCAUGGAUGCUACUUCAGAGCCCUUCUUCUCAAAGGAGCCAGCGAAUAUCAUGCAAGAGUCUACUUGUGAAUUCGGAUACACCGGAAACGAUCCUACCUGUAACACCGAUCAACGUUCUUUCAAGGCCUAUUUCGCUCGUUUCCUUGGAUACACUUACCAGAUGGCCCCGUUCACCGCUGAUUUCAUUAUUCCUCGCCUGAAGGCUACCGCGACCGCUGCAGCUGCAUCCUGCAAUGGUGGAUCUAGUGGCACGAUUUGCGGUCUCUCCUGGAUCAAGUCGACGUACGAUGGUGCUGCAUAUGGUAUAUCAAAGGGGGGUGUGGGGGAGCACAUGGCGGUCCUGGAAGUUCUUCAGAACAAUCUGGUACCAAAAUCGAAGCCCCCAGUCACCGCCAACAAUGGAGGAACAAGUGUGGGUAAUUCCGCCGCUGGGGGAGAUGGUGCCGAUCCCAACGAGCUCUUACAGACCGAUCCGAGUACAACUGGAGAUAAGGCGGGAGCAGGGAUUUUGACUGCGAUUGUGUUGGGCUUAAUGUUGAGUUUGACGUACUGGCUUGUCAAGUCUUGAAAAGAUAGGAAAAAAGGUUGUAUAGGGUUGUCAAAGGGUGGUUAUGGGUCCUUUUUUUUUGUUCCUUCACGCGUUUUUUUUCAUACUCUUGGGAUGGUUAGGGUCGGCGGGGAAAUUGUUGGGUGUCAGCUAGAGCGGAUAGUAGCCAGAUGUCUAGGGAAUGGGGGGGUGAAGGGAUGCGAGUGAGAACAGAGGAUGGGAAGAGUCUACUCGAUAAUACCCUUGUUUUUUUUGUUUAUUCUUGAACCCGCUGUGCCUGGAAUUAUAGCUGCUACUACACGAAUCAUUUUUUUGUCAUUUGGGGUGUCUAUAUAUUUUCUUUUUCUUCUCAUUUACAGCUUUUUUAUCCCCAAAAUUACUGUGUAUGUUUUUUUUGUUUUUCUUCCGUUCAUCAUUCUUCAUUUUGUUUCUCUUCGUUGUCCCUCUCUCCCUUUUCCGUGAUCUUUCUUGUAAUGUUUGGUUCGAACCGGUAAAGCUUCUCAGUCGGUCAUUCAGUUAGUAAGAUUGUGUAGUGCGGUGGAAGAAACCGAUCGAGGAUGAUGCGAUAAGGUAUUUGCUAACGCGGGUGUGGUGGACGCGAUACUGCCAAUGCGGAGUCUUAUUUCCUGCGGGUGGCGCGUGGGAUGUAUGAUAUCAUACCUGCAUUGUUCCCGUCUGCCUCGUGGUGUGGUUAUCGAUAGGAGAUGGCGGAUAGGGAAGGUGAUUGGAGUGCGGGGCUGCUGUGGUCUGGUGCAUGGUAUAUCACUCGGUUAGGAGCCCGGUGGGGGCGCCCCGGGAGUUGGAUGAGGGAAAGUGUAGUGUACAAGUAUCAGCGCUUUUUGUUAAAGGACUUAAUUGACAACUAUACUGAGUGUUGUAUGGUGACGCUAGAAG